UGGCGAAGGUGAAGCGCUCGAGAGUGUGGCUGUACUUCACAGCAAAAGAUAUAAACUCAGCAGCCUGCAACAAAUGCUUAAAGGUAAUAAUGUGCAAAGGAGGUAACACCUCAAAUCUAAUGAAACACAUGGCGUCGCAUGGCGUUUUUUUAAAAGCCGAGAAAUGCACCAUAUUUGAUAACUUGCAGCAAGACAUCACACCGAGCACAUUUACUGCGGGUGUGGUGCCUGUUCUCGGAGUUAGCAACAUCCAAGAACCCGAAGAGGAGAGUCCGGCCCCUAGCCCUGCCAGUGUAGCAGAAAUGAUAACUGAUGAUGAUGAUGAUGAUGGCAGCAGCACCCGUUCUUCUCUGGAUACUCCCUUCACCCUGGCCAAAAAGUAGUCAAAGAUCUCCAUCCAUUUUCAACGGUGGAGUCGCCAUCAUUCAGGGAGAUGUCCACUGCCCUUAAUCCAAGGGAUCAGCCCCCAUCGAGGGAUGAUCUAUCCAACACACUUGUACCUGCUUGGUAUUGCGUGGAGAAAAGCAACCUCAUCCAGAAUUUGGCACAGGUUAACAAGGUCGCUAUCACCUGUGGUGGAUGGACCAGUAUUGCUCAGGACCAUUUCCUCACAGUGACUGUUCACUACAUCUACAAAGGCAAAAUGAAGCAGAAUGUGCUUAGCACUGAAGCAGUUUGUGAGUCACAAACAGGUCCAGUUGUCGCUAAAGAAAUAUCAAGUCUUGUGGAGCAAUUUCACUUGGGAGGGAAAAUAAUUGCUGCCACUGUAGACAAUGCCUGCAACAUGGAUGUUGCUUUGAAAAAAUUGGACUUUUUAAAAGUGGGAUGCUUUGCUCAUACCCUCAACCUGGCCGCACAAAAGGUGUAUGACAUUCCUGCAGUUUCCAGCUGGUGUGCCAAAAUCCGUUCAGUUGUGGUGUGGCUCAAACGUUCAUCGUUGAGCAAAACUGUGCUCAGAGAAAAGCAGCGAAUCCUGAAUUUGCCAGAGCAUAAUGUAAUUCUUGACGUUAAGACGCGCUGGAAUUCUCGCUUCCUAAUGGUGGAGAGAUUUAUGGAGCAGUUUGAUGCAAUCCAGGCAGCUGCUCUGGAUCUACGGCUGAGGAAGCCUAUGGAGAAGGACAAGCUAGAAAGGUUCACACACACCGAUUUAAUGAAGGCAGAGGAGUUUAUUAAGUGCAUCCAAGUCCUGUACACGUCAACCAUGUGUGUGUCAAGUGACAAGUCACCCACAUGCAGCUAAAUCAUCCCCAUCCUGGCCAAGCUGGAGGCACAUUUCAGACAAUGUGAUGAAGACAGUGUUUUCACCUCUUCAAUAAAAGGGAAAGUCUGGGGUAGUCUGCAGAAAAGAUAUCAGGAUGAAAACCUUCAGAAAUUUCUGAAGGAGGCCACGAUGAUGGACCCACGUUUUAAAGGCAGGCUAGGUGGUGAGGCAGCUACUGACAUCUGGGACAGGUUGGAGAAGGCAGCAGUUGCAAAUGCCACAGCAGCAGUUGCACAGCCUCCCACUGAGGACCCCAAAGCACACAGCGAGGUGGAUGAUGCUGACAUGGACAAGCCAGAAAAAUAUCUAAGUAAGGUCCAGAAGUCACCCUUAGAAAAGCUGUUUGAGUAUGAAGACAGAGAGCUUCAAAAGGCUGCUUCUCAAGCGGGUAGAGUCCCCUCAAUCACAGUGCAGGUACAGAAGGAGCUUCAAAUAUACAAAAGACUGCCAGGAAUUACCUCUGGACAAGACCCUGUGGCCUGGUGGUGGAGUAAGAGGGAUACACUCCCCAAUUUAUCUGCCCUAUCAGAAAAAUACUUGUGUGUCCCACCCUCAUCAACGCCUUCUGAAAGAGUUUUCUCUUGUGCUGGGCAUGCCAUCAGCCAAGAGCGAUGCCGUAUAGCUCCAGAAAAGGCUAAUAUGAUUAUCUUCUUGCAAAAAAACUGCUAAACAUCACAGGUUUCAUGACAAAGUUUGUGUUUUCAAUUGUUUAAGCACUGGUUCCAACCAAAGAAGUUAUGUUUUAUUGACAGAAAGGGCUAACUUUGUUAUCAUUUUUGCUUAAAAAAAAAUUACUGGGAAAAAUAAAAACACGAGGUUUUUGGACGAAGUUUGUGUUCUUUAUUCUUUAAGCACCGGCACCGUUUCAAAAGUACCGUUUUGGCACCGGUAUCGGAUAAAACCUAAACGAUACCCAUCCCUACACCUGAAAGUCUGUUUGUGAUGAAGUGUAAAUGCUGAGAGAAAACCUCUGUUUUGCCUUUUUUUUGAAGGCUAUGGGAGUUUGAAUGAGAGGAUUUUGAAGAAGAGGAAGCCAAACCUCUUCUGAGGCUGGUAUGGGCGGUAAACGUCAUCAAUAAAAUGAGGGACGUUGAAUUUCAAGCUAGAAUGCUUCUUCAGUUCUCAGAGGCCAUACCUCCUAAAUUUCAAACACCUAAACUCCUCAGCAUGGUGAAAGAUUACGUUGAAAUCCUUAAAAAGAAGCAGCAGCAACAGCAUAACACCAAACUGCUCACAGCGCAGGAGGUAGUGAUCGAGGUAGUUCCCCGCGUUCUCCAGGGCUUCUGGGAGCUUCCUCCUCGUCCCCUCCUAAACAUGGCCUCCCAGACUCUAAGCAUCCUAUCAACGAGUGUCACCAAGGCCACUUUGGAUCGUGUCUCCAACAGUCUCACAGCGAAGGAAACACAGGCCAUCUUCACACGCUCCAUCCGAGACAAUAUGGUCGACAGCAUCCUGACGGAGAUCAGAAAGAAAUUUCCUCAAGAAAUUCUGUCGAUCAAAAUUGCAAACUUUGCACCAGUGUUGCUGAAGACCAUUGCUGAUGUAGCAAUGAUCCGGAUAUCUGAAAUGUUUGAGCCCCCUUCAACUCUUCCUGAUGUGAAGAACAAAAAUGAAGAACGCUCCUCUGACGGUCUUUCAAUGGCAAAUGUUCCACCAGCCGAAGGAUCUUUUUCAGAACAUGUUCCAGUGCCUGAAGUUCUUUGUGAGGAACUUCUUGCUGAAAGGGCAUCCAAUCUGAGUUCUCAAGACCUUAAGAUCGAAGGACCUCUUUCAGAAAGUGUGCCAGAGCCUGAUGUUCCCGGUAAGGAACUUCAUGCUGUAAGUUCAUCUAGUAUGAAGCCUGAAGACCUUACGAUCAAAGGGCCUCUUUCAGAAACUGUGGCAGUGGCUGACGUUCCCUGUGAGGAACCCUUUGCAGAGUCCGAAUCCAGUCUUAACAGCGAAGAUCUUAAGAUCAAAGGAUCUCUUUCGAAAAUUGGGCCAGUUCCUGAUGUUCCCUGUGAGGAACCUUUUCCUGAACCCAGUAUGAAGUCCAAAGACCUUCAGAUCAAUAAGAAGAAGAAGAAAAAGGGCUUCUUCAAAAGACUUCAAAGUCUGUUCUGCUGUUGUUGCAGACCAAAAGUCACUGAUUGACACUGAAACUGAAACUGUCUGCGACCCAGUAUUGGUGUUCCAGUAACUGCAAAUAUGUAAAUAUGUUCCUUAAUGACUGUUGUUCAUGUUUUUAGGGUUUCUUUAGUUUUCAGUGGGCUGGGUGUUUUUUUCCCCUUAGGGUUCUUUACUUAAUUCUUGUUCAUAGUUCCAGAUUUGUUUUCCUCGUUCUUGUUUCUUAGUUUUUAGUUUCUUGAGUCCAGUUGAGUAUCUAUACGAGUUUUUGGUUUGUUUUUUGUGACGUUUAUCUCUAAUGAAAAUGUUUUUCCAGCAAUAAAAAAUGUCGAUUUAAGUUUCAUUCCA